AUGUUUAGCUUCUGCCCAUUACAAGGCGCCCUCUCCGAGUCCACAGCAUCACAGUCGCUACUCGAACUCGAUGGGGGUGUCAAGAUCUUGGUGGAUGUUGGCUGGGACGAGACCUUUGCUGUUGAAAAGCUCAGGGAACUAGAAAAACAAGUCCCGACUCUAUCAUUCAUCCUCCUGACCCAUGCGACUGUCGCCCACAUCGGAGCCUAUGCGCACUGCUGCAAACAUAUCCCCCUGUUCUCAACCAUCCCCGCCUAUGCGACACGCCCAGUCAUUGAUCUCGGCCGUACCCUGACACAAGAUCUCUAUGCCUCCACCCCAUUAGCUGCGACGACAAUACCAACGUCCUCACUCGCCGAAGUGGCCUACGCAUCAUCCCAGGCCCCAUCACUGAACCCCAACCUGCUGCUUCAGCCACCAUCCCCCGAGGAGAUCACACGAUACUUUGCUAAUAUUCAGGCCGUACAAUACUCACAACCACAACAGCCUCGAUCCUCGCCAUUCUCCCCAGACAUCACCAACUUGACAGUCACAGCUUAUAAUUCGGGACGGACACUCGGUGGAGCCAUCUGGCACAUUCAGCACGGGCUCGAAUCUAUUGUCUACGCCGUCGACUGGAACCAAGGCAAGGAAAAUGUCUUUUCAGGUGCCGCUUGGCUGAGCGGUGGACAUGGCGGGGGAGGCAGCACCGAGGUCAUCGAACAACUCCGAAAACCAACAGCUCUGGUGUGCAGCAGUCGAACACCCGACGCCACCCUCUCUCGUGCCAAGCGUGAUGAGCAACUCUUGGAAUCGAUCAAGCUCUGUAUUGCGCGAGGAGGGACAGUCCUGAUACCGGUCGAUUCAAGUGCCAGAGUCUUGGAGCUUUCAUAUCUUCUAGAGCACGCCUGGAGGAACGAGGUGGACAACAACAACAACGAAACAUUCAGAAAUGCGCAGCUGUAUCUGGCCGGUCACAGCAUCGGCAGUACUCUGAAGCACGCCAGGAGCUUGUUCGAGUGGAUGGACGACAAGAUUGUGAGGGAGUUUGAAGCCGCGGCUGGUGGCAAGGAAAGCCACAGCAGGGGCCAGAGGGGCGGACAUCAUCACGACCAUAAGGUGGCCGGACCGUUCGACUUUAAGCACCUGCGGCUGCUAGAGAGAAAGGGACAGGUUUCGUGGGUUCUCAAGCAAGCACUUGAGGAUCUUGAACCAAAAGGCCGGGUUAUUCUAGCUACAGAUUCCAGCCUCGAGUGGGGCUUCUCGAAGGAGGUUCUCAAGUCCAUUGCCGGUGACGCAAGGAAUCUUGUUCUUCUAACCGAAAAGCCAGCACUGAACGAGAACAAGCCAUCGAUCGCCAGGACACUCUGGGACUGGUGGAAGGAGAGAAAGGACGGUGUAGCAACAGAGCAGACCACCAGUGGCGAGACCUUUGAACAGGUCUACGCCGGUGGGCGAGAACUAGAGAUUGCUGAUGCGUCAAAACAGGCGCUGGAAGGUAACGAUCUCAGUGUUUACCAACAGUGGCUUGCGACAAAACAACAACUGCAAGCCACCUCACAUGGCGGAAGUGGAAUGACUUGGGAAGCCUGGACCGACUUGAACGAUGCUCUCUCCGACACGUCCACCGAGUCUGAGGAGUCGGAGACGGAACAACAGGGCAAAGCACUCAAUAUUUCUGCCAACAUCAAACAAGCCAGCCGAAAGAAGGUCGUCCUAAACGACGAAGACUUGGGUGUCAACAUCCUCAUCAAGAAGCGGGGUGUGUAUGACUACGAAGUCAGGGGUAAAAAGGGGCGAGAAGCCAUGUUCCCAGCAGUAGCCCAACGAAGACGUCACGAUGAGUUUGGCGACCUCAUCCGACCAGAAGACUACCUCCGCGCCGAAGAGCGAGAAGUAGCCGACAGGCAAGAAACCGACCCAGCCAAGACCAAACAAGAAGACAGCUUGGGCAAAAAGCGAAGUCUCAUUGCCGUCAACGCCGCCAACAAGGCCACGGCGAACAGCAAACGGGAAAAGCAACCCGCCCGUGCCCACUCGGACGAGCCAGACGAUGCCAGCGCCACUGGCGCCCCAGGAAAUGGUCCCCACACGGAAGAAGUAGACGAACUGGACGAGGAAGAAGACGCCCCCGUCCUCGGACCUGCCAAGCUCGUCAUGACCACUCACAAGAUCAGCGUCAACCUCCGCAUCGCGUUUGUCGACUUUUCCGGUCUGCACGAUAAACGCUCGCUGCAUAUGCUCAUCCCGCUCAUCCAGCCCCGUCGGUUGGUUCUCGUCGCGGGAACGGAGCAGGAAUCACAGGCUCUUGCGGCUGACUGCAAGAAGUUGCUUUCUGCGCAGCUGGCGGCUAACUCAUCCAAUGAAUCGGCGACGGUGGAUGUGUUUACACCCCCGGUGGGGACGUUUGUGAAUGCCUCGGUGGACACGAACGCCUGGGUGGUGAAGCUCUCGGAUUAUCUGGCCAAGAAGCUCAAAUGGCAGGAUGUUAAUGGGUUAGGCAUUGCUACUAUUACGGGUGUGCUACUUCCCGGAGGGGGGUUUAUUCCCUCGGACGACCCCAACGAUGAGGGGAAUAAACGGCAGAAGACGGAAGAAGGGGGGUCGCCUUCUUCGAGUAUGGCGUUGACCACGGUCAAUAAUGAUGCCAACCCGCGCACCCUCCCUACGGUGGAUGUGCUACCGGUUAACCUGGCGGCUACGGCUACGGUGAAGGCGGCUUCGCAACCGCUUCAUGCGGGGGAUCUGAGGCUGGCGGAUCUGAGGAGGGCGAUGUUGCAUGCUGGGCACAAGGCGGAGUUUAGGGGGGAGGGGACGCUGUUGAUUGACGAGACGGUUGCGGUUAGGAAGAGUGCUGCUGGGAGGACGUUUUAUGCGGUGAGGGAGAAGAUUUAUGAUGUUUUGGCUGUUGUGCCGGGGGCGUAG